GUCAAUUCAUUUCUUUAAAUAUAUAAGGUAUCCAUCACGAACAGACAAUGCAAGCAGAGGCCGUAUUAAACUAUGAAUUUCAAAAUUACAGGUUUCAAUCUACAUAUAGUAUGAUGAGUUUUUACCAUGACAAUCCAGAGCAUCUACAAAAAUUAAUAAAUGAGCAGGGGCAUCUUUUGGAUAAAGAUGGAGUCAACAUAUUGACAGAACAAGAAAGUUCUGUAGAACAAGAAAAAAUUUUGGUUAUUGAACCAAGACCUAAAUCAGCAAGUACCAGUGUUGGAAAGAAUUGUACAGACCAAGAAGUACCAUCAACAAGCAAGGCUGCAGAGGAAGAAAAUGAAAAAUAUAUCUGGGAUGACUGCAGCAUCAAGAGGCUCAUCGAAUAUAUAAAAGAGCAUUCCAACAAAUUUGAGGAGGGGAGAUUAACUAAGAAGGCAGUGUGGGAAAUCAUUGCUAUAAAGUUUAUUGCUACAAGCGAUGAACAAGCUAAAACUGUCACUUGGAUUCAACUGAAAUCCAAGUGGCAGAAGCUUGAAUCAAAGUUCAAACAGGUGGAGGAUAAAAAUAAAAAAGUGGUGAAGGAACGCAUAACUUCAAAUACAUGGAGGAAAUGGAAGAAGCUGUUGGGGACAACCCCAACAUCCGUCCAGCUAAGACCAUUUCCUCCAUGGAUUUGA